AUGGCGGGAGUCAUCCACAUUCUUAGUUAUGUGCGGUGGUGGGCGGGGGCUGCAGCGGUGUCGCGGCGCCUGAGCGAGGGGGAGCGCGAUGGCGGCGCGGCCGGGGUGAUGCCGCCGCGGCCAGCGGCCGGCCGCGCGGCUAUGGCGGCAGACGAACAACGCCCGCCGCUGGCUCUGUUUACCGCCGUGUACGACUACAUAGCGCAGGGCGAGGACGAGCUGUCACUGCGCCGCGGGGAGAUCGUCGAGGUGCUGUCCAAGGACGCCAACAUCUCGGGCGAUGAGGGCUGGUGGACGGGCAAGAUCGGCGACCGGGUCGGCAUCUUCCCCGCCGUUUACGUGACGGAGGAGGACCCCCUGGCCGUCACGUCGGUCAUCGGCGACGUGGACCCUCCUCGGGUGUCCUUCACCGAGCUGAAACUCGAGGAGGUGAUCGGCGUCGGCGGCUUCGGCAAGGUGUACCGCGGCUACUGGAACGACGAGGUGGUAGCGGUGAAGGCGGCGCGCCAGGACGCCAACGAGGACAUCGAGGUGAUAAAGGAUAGUGUGCUGCAAGAGGCGAAACUGUUCUGGAUGCUGCAGCACGAUAAUAUAGUGUCGUUGAAAGGUGUUUGUUUAGAGGAGCCCAAUUUGUGUUUGGUGAUGGAGUAUGCGCGCGGCGGGCCGUUGAACAGAGUGUUGUCGGGGCGGAAGAUUCGACCCGGGAUCCUAGUUGACUGGGCGAUACAAGUAGCUCGAGGAAUGGCGUAUCUACACGUUGAUGCGCCUAUAUCCCUCAUACACCGAGAUCUGAAGAGCUCCAACGUGUUGCUGAGCGAGACAAUACUGCCGGACGACACGUUGGAGGACAAGACCCUGAAGAUAACGGACUUUGGGCUCGCGCGAGAGGUGUACAAGACCACGAGGAUGUCCGCGGCGGGAACCUACGCCUGGAUGCCACCCGAGGUGAUAAAAAACUCAACAUUCUCGCACGCGUCGGACGUGUGGUCGUAUGGUGUACUGCUAUGGGAGCUCCUCACGGGGGAGACGCCAUACAAGGGCAUCGACGCUCUAGCCGUGGCCUACGGGGUGGCCGUGAACAAACUCACACUGCCUAUACCGAGCACGUGCCCCGAGCCGUGGCGAGUGCUGAUGGAAGCUUGCUGGCACUCGAACCCUCGCGAGAGGCCGCUGUUCCCCGAGAUCCUGGAGCAGCUGGAGCACAUCCGGCAGUCGGAGUUCACGAGGGCGCCCCACGAGUCCUUCCACACCAUGCAGGACGGCUGGAGGCUGGAGAUCGAGGAGGUGCUGAGGGAUCUAAGGCGGAAGGAGAAGGAGUUGCGCUGCCGCGAGGAGGAGCUGACCCGUGCCCAGUUGCAGCAGCGUCUGCUGGAGCAAAACCUCGCGCAGAAGGAGCGCGAGCUGGAGAUGCGCGAGAUAGACCUGGCGGCCAGGGAGCUGCACAUCCUCAUCUUCGCCAGCAACAUGUCGCACACGCAGCCGCCGCAGCCCAACAAACGGAAGGGCAAAUUCAGCAAGAUAAAGCUGCUGAAGAAGGACACGAUCUCGUCGCCGCUGGACUUCCGGCACACGCUGACGGUGCGGCCCUCGGACGACGAGUCCAGCGUCAAGCAGCUGGUGGCCGUGGCCAAGGACACGCCGCCGGGCUCGCCCGCCAUCAUGCGGGCCAUAGCGCUGCCGGCGGACGGCGUGAAGGGCAAGACGUGGGGCCCGUCGACGGGGCACCAGCGGGCGCGCGCGCACCUGCCGCUGCCGGCGCUGCGGCCGCGCGCGCAGCGGCCCAGCUGCUCGGCGCCGCACCUGCCGCCCGCGCUGCCGCUGGCGCGCCUGCCCCACCCAGCCGGCGGCGGGCGGGGGCUGGGGCCGGAGGGGCGCGAGGAGGCGGCCGCCGGCGCGCGCAAGCCGCGCAAGGCCAAGUCGCAGGUGCGCGCCGCCAAGGGCGAGGCGGGCCAGCGGCGCAGCGGCAGCCACGAGGAGCUGCUCUUCGAGCGCGCGCCGCGCGCCCGCGACCUCAAGCGCUCGCUGCUCAAGGGCAUCCGCGCCAACAGCCUCGCCGGCCUGCUGGCCGCGGCCGGCGGCCUGGCCGGCGACACGGCCCACCUGCUGCCCCACGAC